AUUAGACAUGACCGAUCGAACAGAUUUUUCGUCCUAAGUAUAAAUAUCGCAAAUUUUGUAAAAUCUUUAUCAUUUGAUUUUAAGCACAAUCAAAUAACUUACAAAAUGUUCAAAUCGUUCGCCCUUUUCUUCUUCGCCGCCGUAUUGGCCUUGGCUACUGCUGCUCCCCAGCCAGGACCUGCCCCUAAAGCACAACCAAACCCCUAUUUGGUCUCUCCAGUUGCUUACUCAGCAGUGCCAGCAUACUCCGCUUACUCCUACGCCGCCCCUGUAGCAUACUCAGCAUACUCUGCCCCCGCAGUAGUAGGAUACAGCGGAUACCCCGCAUACGGAGCCUAUUAUGUGUAGAAUAGUUUUAUCUAGUUUUAUAAACCGCCUGAAUUUUAUUAUGUGUUGAAAAUAAAUAUUUUUUGUAAU